AUGAAAACCAUCAUAGCAGCCUGCUCCCAGAAUCUCAGUGCCCGGUGGCCCCACCCGUGUACGAGCCAUGCUAUUUUGGGCGGGGGCCGUGUCCCCCUCUCCGCAGGCAGCCGGGCCAGCCUCCAGACUGCCCUGAGGACGCUGCUGGCCGUGCCCUGGCCCUCGCAGCGCGACGUGGGCUCCGCGCUCCAGCUCCUGGCCGUGCUGCAGUGGGUACUCAGCUUCUUGCUGCUGGGAACCGUCAGCCUCCUGGUCCUCAUCUACUUGUUGUUCACCAGCCUCUGGCUCAUCCCCAUGCUCUACCUGGCAUGGAUCAUCUUCGACUGGGACACGCCAGAGAAAGGUGGCAGGAGGCUGCCGUGCCUGCGGCGAUGGACCGUGUGGAAGCACUUUCGGGAUUAUUUCCCGGUGAAGCUGGUGAAGACACACGACCUGUCCCCCAGACACAACUACAUCAUCGGUUCACACCCUCACGGCAUCCUCUGCGUCGGCGCCUUCUGCAACUUCAUCACGGGCUCAACGGGCUUCGAGGAGCUCUUCCCGGGCAUCCACUCCUUCCUCACCACGCUGGCCGGAAAUUUCCGCCUGCCCGUGUUUCGGGAGUACCUGAUGAGUGGGGGGCUGUUCCCGGUGACCCGCCGCGCCAUCGGGUACCUGCUGUCCCAGAAAGGCACCGGCAACGCGGUGGCCAUCGUCAUCGGCGGCGCGGCCGAGUCACUGUCCUGCCGGCCCGGCGUCACCACGCUCAUCCUCAAGAACCGCAAGGGCUUCGUCCGCAUGGCCCUGCGGCACGGGGCCUUCCUCGUCCCGUCCUUCUCCUUUGGGGAGAACGACCUCUUCCGCCAGGUGGUCUUUGAGGAGGGCAGCUGGAUGAGGAGCGUCCAGCGGCGCUUCCAGAAGAUGAUAGGCUUCGCUCCCUGCCUCUUCUACGGCCGCGGCAUCACCUCCUGCCGCUCCCACGGCUUUCUGCCCUACGCCAGACCCAUCACCACCGUGGUGGGAGAGCCGGUGCCAGUGCCCAAGGUGGAGAACCCGAGCCGGGAGCUGGUGGACCGGUACCACGAGCUCUACAUCCAGGCCCUGCUCAAGCUCUUCAACGAGAACAAGACCAAGUAUGGGCUGUCCGAGUCAGACGAGCUGCACAUCCUCUGAGUGCCACCGGCACUGGCCCGGCCCUGGCUCAUGAGGGCUCUUGCAGGGGGAAUUUCAGCCAGCCUGGCAUGGGGGAUAUGCAGGGGACAGUCCCCGCUCUGGACUUGUGU